CCAGUCAGACGGAAGAGGCUGGGAGAAUGUAGAAGAGUUAAAGUAUCCAUUUGACAGCUUGAUAUUACUGGACACGCAUGUCUGAAGUUUCACUUCAGUGUUUUAUUUUCUGCAGAACUUACAGAAUUAAAGUUUGCAAGUUUGUGAAGUUCACAAAACAAUGUCGGUGGAACUAGGUGUGUAAAAGCAGCGCAGUGAAACAGCGAAAAUGAGGAGUCGCAGUAACUCUGGAGUUAAACUCGAUAAUUAUGCACGGAUAGUUCAACAAACUAUUCUUUGCCAUCAAGACCCAGUGACUGGUCUUCUCCCAGCGAGUACAGAGCAGCCAGAUGCCUGGGUUAGGGAUAACGUCUACAGCAUCAUCUCAGUGUGGGCUCUGAGUUUAGCCUACAGGAAGAAUGCUGAUCGCGAUGAGGACAAGGCCAAAGCCUUUGAGCUGGAACAGAGUGUUGUGAAGCUCAUGAGAGGCUUACUUCAGUGCAUUAUGCGACAGCUGGACAAAGUAGAAAAGUUUAAAUACAGCAAGGCCACCAUGGACUGCCUCCAUGCCAAAUACAACACUCAUACCUGUGCCACAGUGGUAGGUGAUGCAGAGUGGGGACACCUACAGAUGGAUGCCACCUCGCUUUUCAUGCUUUUUCUUGCACAGAUGACUGCCUCAGGUUUGCACAUUGUGUACACUCAGGAUGAAGUGGAUGUUAUCCAGAAUCUGAUGUUUUACAUCGAAGCUGCAUACAAAGUGGCGGACUUUGGGAUGUGGGAGCGAGGUGACAAGACUAAUCAAGGCAUUCCUGAGCUCAAUGCCAGCUCUAUUGGCAUGGCCAAGGCAGCGUUAGAGGCACUGGAUGAUUUAAAUUUGUUUGGAGCUAAAGGAGGGCCCAGCUCAGUGGUCCAUGCCUUACCAGACGAUAUCCAGCAUUGUCAGUCUAUUCUUAACUCCAUGCUGCCCAGAGCGUCCACGUCAAAGGAAGUAGAUGCAGGUGUUCUUGCCAUUAUCUCAUACCCAGCUUUUGCUGUAGAGGACAUGGAACUAGUCAACAUCACCAAGGAGGAAAUUAUUUCCAAGCUGCAGGGGCGAUAUGGCUGCUGUCGGUUUCUUAGAGAUGGCCAUAAAACACCUAAAGAGGAUCCCAAUAGGCUGUACUAUGAGUCUGCUGAGCUGAAGCUGUUUGAGAACAUUGAAUGUGAGUGGCCUCUUUUCUGGACCUACCUCAUUCUUGAUGGCAUCUUCAUAAACAGCCCUGAGCAGGUGCAGGAGUACAGAGAGGCACUGGAUGGUAUAUUAAUCAAACAGAAGGAUGGUAUACGCCUGUUGCCUGAACUCUACAGUGUCCCUCCUGAUCGGGUGGAUGAAGAGUAUGUCAACCCUCACUCUGUGGAGAGGAUCCCUAUGGGCAAAUGCCCUCUGAAGUGGGGCCAGUCACUUUACGUCUUGGGAAACCUGCUGGCAGAGGGCUUCUUGGCCCCCGGAGAAAUAGACCCACUGAACCGUCGUUUCUCCACCAUCCCCAAACCUGAUGUGGUUGUCCAAGUGUGCAUUCUGGCUGAGAAUGAUGAGAUCAAGGCAUUGCUGUUGAAAAAUGGAAUAGAUGUGGAAACUGUGGCAGAUAUCCACCCCAUCAGGGUGCAGCCUUCUAGAGUACUUAGCCACAUUUACGCCAGGCUAGGACGCAACCAGAGGCUGGGGCUGACUGGCAGGCCGUGUCGCAGGAUUGGUGUUUUGGGAACCUCUAAGCUGUAUAUAAUCCGCAACACAAUAUUUACCUUUACACCUCAGUUCAUAGAUCAUCAAGAAUUCUACUUGGCUCUUGAUAGCAGGAUGAUUGUGGAGAUGUUACGUGCUGACUUGUCCUACCUGUCCUCUCGCUGGAGAAUGAUUGGCCGGCCCACUGUUACAUUCCCAGUCUCCCAGACCAUGCUCACUGAGGAUCACACAGACCUGAAUCCUGCAGUGCUGGCCACACUAAAGAAACUCCAAGAUGGUUACUAUGGAGGAGCACGGAUACAGACAGGAAAGCUAUCAGAAUUCCUGACCACAUCCUGUUUUGCUCAUUUGAGUUUUUUGGAUUGUGGUAAGGGACGUGCCAGUAGCAUGAGCUGGGAUGAAGAGGAUGAUGAGUACAGUAAUGAAGGCGCUGUGCGUGAUCUUAACUUUGAUGAUGACACAGAUGAUCUGGCUCAGUAUUUGGAUCAGCUCCUGGCCAAAGCAGUACCUCAACGUAAGUUAAGAGUGGACGGGAGGCCCACAGGGCUUGGUCGCUUCAAGGCUGCAGCCAAUCAGACGAGAGAGAUUGUGUCUCUGGUAAACAAGGCCAAAGAACUCCAACUGCAAAAUGUACAGUUGUAUCUGCCCACUAAGCUCUUUCGAUGCUCUCAACCAUCUCUCAAUCUAAAAAGCUCCUCUGGACCAGAACCAAGCCAGGCCCCAGAGCUGUUUGUAUCAUCACAUAGUGACCUACCCCGUGGUGCUGAUGGAGCUAUAGACUAUGUGGCUCUCUCCCAGCUUCUUAAAGAUAUGCAGGGUCUCCAGGACCAGGCAGACAUCCUGUACAUUCUCUUUAAAGACAAGGGAAUGGAUUGGGACACUCAGCUGUACGGUAAAGGUACCACAGUGCGCAGGCUGCUCACGGAGCUGUAUGAAAAAGCAGGUGACCUUCGUUGCUGGGGCCUCAUCCGUAUGAUCUCUGGUAUGCUGCGAAAAAAAGUGGAGGAGCUUGACUGGGCCUGCUCUGAUUUGCUGGCUCAUCAGAAGCACUUGACAGUGGGCUUACCUCCAGAGCCCAGAGAAAAGACCAUUACUGCGCCCAUGCCACCUGAUCAGCUGGCCAAAUUAAUUGAUCAAGCCAGUGAGAACAACAUAACAAUCUCUAUCCUUACACAGGAGAUUAUGGUGUACCUGGCAAUGAACAUCAGGACUCAGCCAGGACUGUUCAGUGAGAUGUUCAGGCUCAGGAUUGGCCUUAUCAUUCAGGUCAUGGCUACUGAACUGGCCCAAUCACUUAACUGUUCAGAUGAGGAGGCCACAGAAAGUCUGAUGAGUCUGAGCCCAUCUGAGCUGAAGAAUCUGUUGCAUCACAUUCUCAGUGGCAAAGAGUUCGGUGUGCAAAGAAAUGUGGAGACAGGUGUGAGUCCUGCCAUUUCUAUCCAUGAGGUUGGACAUGUGGGCGCAACCAAAAGUGAGCGUGCAGGCAUUAGCAAACUAAAGAGUGACAUGAAGUUGCUGGAGGAGAGAAGGAUGUCUUGGUCAAGUCAGAGUAAGACCUUUCCAGGACAAUCAUUCGACUUUGAUCCCAAGGAGUCUAGUCGGCAUCCUCUUAGUUCGUUUGAAUCAUUUGAUGGCUCUCUGAGUGUUCCUGUGGCAUCAGACAGUCGACAGGGCCAGUGGCUGCGCAGGAGGAGAUUGGAUGGAGCCCUGAACAGAGUGCCAGUAGGCUUCUAUCAAAAAGUUUGGAAGAUUUUGCAGAAGUGUCACGGGUUAUCGAUUGAAGGCUUUGUGCUCCCAUCAUCCACAACAAGAGAGAUGACCCCAGGUGAGAUCAAAUUUGCAGUGCAUGUGGAGACCGUGCUGAAUCGUGUGCCUCAGCCCGAGUACAGGCAGCUGCUGGUGGAGGCAAUCCUGGUGCUUACCAUGCUGGCUGAUGUCGACAUCCACAGCAUCGGCAGCAUCAUCCAUGUAGAAAAGAUUGUCCACAUAGCAAAUGAUAUGUUUUACCAGGACCAGAAAGCUCUAAAUGCUGAGGAGCACAUUCUUGAAAGAGAUCCAUCCACAGGCAUCUGCCGACUCCUGUAUGACAGUGCACCCAGUGGCCGGUUUGGAAGUAUGACUUACCUUACCAAGGCUGUUGCUAUCUAUGUGCAGGACUUUUUGCCCAGUGGCUCAUGUGCUUUGCAGUGAUGUAUUGUUUUAACAAGUAAGAAAAGAGGUACCACGAGUUUCAAUAAGUUAGUUUACAUAAUUUUACAAUAUGUCAAAGUUAUGCAGCAAAAGGUAGUAUCUGUAAUGCAAGAGAUAACAACAAGAGAUAACAAAGGUGCUGUGUGCAUCUUUUGCUUUUACUUAUAACAAUGUAGCUAUUAAGAUACCUGACAACAAAUCUAUCCUAAGUUACCUUUGUUUAGAUAUUGUUGAUGAAAAAAUGUCUUGAAUCCUGUACUGUCUGUUUACUGAUGUAGAUACCUACAGAAAAGGUUUUUAUGAAUGUACUACACUGAGGUGAGCAUGAAGUGUUUCUUUUAAAUACCCAGUAGGUUUAAAUAAUUUGACACCAACCAUAACAUCUUACUGUUAAAUAAACACUGAAAAGCGACAGCUGAAUGUUUUAUAUUAGGACUGUUCGAACAUUUUUAGUUCUCUUGUAAUCUUAAUUUGUGUAAUUAAGGUCUUCAGCACUUAAGUAAAACAAAUUGUAAUCCGUCAGUUAUAGCCUGAAUGCCAGUAAAUUUUAAAUAAUGUAUUUAAAAAAUAGCAUGCUGUUAACUGUAAUACUGAGGUAAAUAAUUUGUGGUUUCUCAUAUGCAGUGUGUAUUGUGUUGUC